CGGAGCUAGGCUGAGCAGUCCGGACAGAGAGCAGCGCAGAGAGAAGCCGAAGAGUUUCAGCAGAAAAACAGCAGAAAAACACGGCGAGCCCUGCGAGCACGUCCCCGCCUCCGAGUCGCUGUCCCUCCACGCCGCCUCGCAGCUGAGCUAAAGUGCUGAUCGCAGGAUGAACGGAGACUCAGGUGUUGGGGUGGUGACGGCCGCCCCCACCAACCCGCCCCAUAAGGAGCGCUACUUCGACCGUGUGGAUGAGAGCAGCGCCGAGUACCAGAGAGAGAGGAACAUGGCGCCGGACCUCCGACAGGACUUCAACAUGAUGGAGCAGAGGAAGAGAGUGUCCAUGAUACUUCAGAGUCCGGCUUUCUGUGAAGAGCUGGAGACUCUGAUUCAGGAUCAGAUGAAGAAGGGAAAGAACCCCACCAGCCUCCUGGCCCUGCAGCAGAUCGCUGACUUCAUGACCACCAGCGUCCCCACCAUGUUCCCCGCCACUCCGCAGGGGGGCAUGGCUGCCCUUAACAUGAGUCUGGGUAUGGUGACCCCAGUGAAUGACCUCAGAGGCUCUGACUCCAUCGCCUAUGAGAAAGGAGAGAAACUGCUGCGCUGCAAACUCGCUGCCUUCUACCGUCUGGCCGACCUGUUCGGCUGGUCCCAGCUCAUCUAUAACCACUUAACGGUCAGACUGAACUCUGAACAGGAGCGUUUUCUGAUUGUCCCAUUUGGACUUCUGUACAGCGAAGUCUCCGCCUCCAGUUUGGUGAAGAUAAAUCUGCAGGGGGAGAUUGUGGACAGAGGAAGCACUAACCUGGGUGUGAAUCAGGCUGGCUUCACCCUGCACUCCGCCAUCUAUGCCGCCCGGCCCGACGUCAAGUGCAUCGUUCACAUCCACACGCCUGCUGGCGCCGCGGUAUCUGCGAUGAAGUGCGGUCUCCUGCCCAUUUCUCCUGAGGCUCUGUCUCUGGGGGAGGUGACCUACCACGACUACCACGGUAUCCUGGUGGAUGAGGAGGAGAACAUCCUCAUACAGAAAAACCUCGGCCCCACCAGCAAGGUGCUAAUUCUGAGGAACCACGGGCUGGUUUCAGUCGGAGAAACAGUGGAAGAGGCUUUUUACUACAUCCACAACCUGGUCAGAGCCUGUGAGAUUCAGGUGCGUACCCUGGCGAGUGCAGGUGGUCCUGAUAAUCUGGUGAUGCUGGACCCCACCAAGUAUAAAAGCCGUUCUCGUCACCCAGAGCCAGUCGGAGACGGGACGAGCCUACAUCCCAAGUGGCAGGUCGGGGAGCAGGAGUUCGAAGCCCUCAUGCGGAUGCUGGAUAAUCUGGGCUACAGGACCGGCUACCCGUAUCGCUGCCCGGCUCUGCGCGACAAAGCUAAAAAGUACAGUGAUGUAGAGAUCCCGCCUUCCACCACAGGUUAUUCGUAUGCGGAGGACAGCGACUCGGGGGCUCGCUCUCCGCUGAAGCACAGCUUCCAGCGGCAGCAGCGGGACAAGAACCGCUGGCUGAACGCCGGCCGGCCAGACGAGGCCUCCGAGGAGGGCCUGGAAGGCAGCGGCAGCCCCAAGGCGAAGACUAAGGUGUGGACGAACAUAACACACGAUCACGUCAAACCCUUGCUGCAGUCUCUCUCGUCCGGUGUCUGCGUGCCAAGCUGUAUAACCAACUGCUUGUGGACGAAGGAGGAGAGCCUUCGACAGGCUGCUGUGGCCAAUCAGUUUGUUCCACUCAACACAAACCCUAAAGAGGUCCAGGAGAUGCGCAACAAGAUCCGUGAGCAGAACCUGCAGGACAUUAAAACAGCAGGCCCACAGUCACAGGUGCUCACAGGGGCUGUGGUGGAGCGUUCCUUCGUCCAGAGAGCGACUAUCUGGCACGAUGCUCCUCUGUCUGACUGUUUGGAGUCUAUCGAUGGCCUUGACCUCUCAGACAGCUGUAGCCCUGCUAGGUCUUUUAGAAAGGGGGAGCUAGUGACCGCCUCUAAAGCCAUUAUUGAGAAGGAGUACCAGCCUCGUGUGAUUGUAAGCAAGACUGGACCAAACCCCUUCAACAAGCUUACUGACCAGGAGCUGGAGGAGUACCGCAAAGAAGUGGAGCUCAAACAGAAAGGCCAAGAAGAACAGGUUGAAGAGUCGGUCAGCUCAUUGGUCUCAAACCCAGGGGAAGUUGCCACCCCUUCUGCCUUCUCAGAUCACAAUUCGGAGGAGCUCCACACCCCGGCAGCUCCUUUUUCCUCCACUGUCCCCAGCCGAAGCGCAGAUUCUGGGGCAGGCUCAGGAAGGGUCAGCCCCUCUGGUCCUCCGGAGUCACCACAUAAGGAGUUUCACUGCGCUGUGCUGAAAGCCCUCAGCGUCACCCCAGAGCUGUCUGGGCAGGCUCCAUUUGGUAUCGACAGCCAAGCUGCAGAUCAGUCACAGGAACCAGAGGAGGUGGGAAAAGGCCAGAGCCCCACUCGUACUCCACCUAGCACCCCAAUCCGAGUAGAAGAAGAAGCGCAGCAGGAACGGAGCCCUAAAGACGACAGCGAUGCCGCCACUUUGAGACAGACCCUCCCCGACCUGACCCCUGAUGACCCCUCAGAAGCCGCCACCGCCGCCGCCCCCUUGCCUGCAGAAGAAGCCGCCCCGGCUCACACCGAGCCGCCCACGCACCCCGACGGGGAGGAGCCUGCUGCGGCCGACGACGCUGCGGGUGACCAGGGCAGUGACGAAUCCCCCAACAAAUCCCCCUCCAAGAAAAAGAAGAAAUUCCGCACCCCUUCAUUUCUUAAGAAGAACAAAAAGAAGUCAGAGACCUAGAGAGAAAGCUCUGAAACACUCCUAGGCUUCCACGGCAUCCAUUCGAUUACCUUUUUUAUUUUCAUUUUUAUAUAUAAUAUACAUACAUGCACACUAUAUAUAUAUAUAUAUAU